AUGUCACAAGGGAUCCCUUCUCCGCCACUGGGCUUGCUGUCCGACGAGGAGGUAGCAGUCUCCCCCAUUUUUGAAUCCACAGCAGCAGACUUGGGGUCUGUGAUACGAAAGGACCUGCUUUCAGACUACUCUGCCAUCUCUUCCUCCUCAGAGGAUAAGCAGCAGGUUCUCUCUGAGGAUAAUACAGAGAAGGUGAAAGUAUACCUGAGGAUCAGACCUUUGCUACCUUCAGAGAUAGAACGAGAGGAGGAUCAGGGUUGUGUCCACAUUGAAAAUGUGGAGACUCUUAUUUUACAAGCACCUAAGGAUUCUUUUGCUCUGAAGAGCAAUGAAAGAGGAAUUGGCCAAGCUACACACAGGUUCUCUUUUUCCCAGAUCUUUGGACCCGAAGUGGGGCAAGCAGCCUUCUUCAACCUGACCAUGAAGGAGAUGGUAAAAGAUGUACUCAAAGGGAAGAACUGGCUCAUAUAUACCUAUGGAGUCACCAACUCAGGAAAAACCCACACAAUCCAAGGUACCAUCAAGGAUGGAGGGAUCCUACCUCGAUCUCUAGCUCUGAUCUUCAGUAGUGUUCAAGGUCAGCUUCAUCCAACACCUGAUCUGAAGCCCUUGCUUUCCAGUGAGGUAAUCUGGCUAGACAGCAAGCAGAUCCAGCAGGAGGAAAUGAAGAAGCUGGCUCUGUUAAAUGGAGGCUUCCCAGAGGAAGACUUAUCUACCUCCUUGAAGAGAAGUGUCCACAUUGAAAGUCGGAUGGGUACCAGCACCAGCUUUGAUAGUGGCAUUGCUGGGCUCUCCUCUACCAGUCACUUUACCAGCAAUAGCCAGAUGGAUGAAACAAGUCAUCAAUGGGCAAAGCCCGACACUGCCCCAGUAAGUGUCCCAGCAGACAUCCGCUUCUCCAUCUGGAUAUCAUUCUUUGAGAUCUACAACGAGCUGAUCUAUGACCUGUUAGAACCACCUAGCCAACAGCGCAAGAGGCAGACUCUACGAUUGUGUGAAGAUCAGAAUGGCAAUCCCUAUGUGAAAGAUCUCAACUGGAUUCAUGUUCAGGAUGCUGAGGAAGCCUGGAAACUGCUGAAAGUAGGUCGUAAAAACCAGAGCUUUGCAAGUACCCUAUUGAACCAGAACUCUAGCCGCAGUCACAGCAUCUUCUCAAUUCGAAUUCUGCACCUUCAAGGGGAAGGGGAUUUAAUUCCCAAGAUUAGUGAGUUGUCACUGUGUGAUCUGGCUGGCUCAGAGCGCUGCAAAGAUCAAAAGAGUGGCAAACGGCUGAAGGAAGCAGGAAACAUUAACACUUCUCUGCACACUCUAGGCCGCUGUAUUGCUGCUUUGCGCCAGAAUCAGCAGAACCGGUCAAAGCAAAACUUGGUUCCCUUCCGUGACAGCAAGUUGACUCGAGUGUUCCAAGGCUUCUUUACAGGCCGAGGCCGCUCAUGUAUGAUUGUCAAUGUGAAUCCCUGUGCAUCUACCUAUGAUGAAACCCUUCAUGUGGCCAAAUUUUCAGCUAUUGCCAGCCAGCUUGUGCAUGCCCCACCAGUGCAACUGGGAUUACCACCCCUGCAUUCAUUCAUCAAGGAACACAGUCUUCGGUCAUCCCCCAGCUUAGAGACGGGGCCUAAGCUGGACCCAGGCCUUGAUGACAACACAGAAAAUGAAAGUGACAUCUCCAUGUAUGGCAAGGAGGAACUCCUGCAGGUGGUAGAAGCCAUGAAAAUACUGCUUUUAAAAGAAAGGCAGGAAAAGCUACAGCUGGAAAUGCAGCUCCGUGACGAAAUUUGCAAUGAGAUGAUGGAGCAGAUGCAACAACGGGAACAGUGGUGCAGUGAACAUUUGGACACUCAGAAGGAGCUAUUAGAGGAAAUGUAUGAAGAGAAACUAAAGAUUCUCAAGGAGUCACUCACAAGUUUUUACCAAGAAGAGCUUCAGGAGAGAGAUGAAAAGAUUGAAGAGCUAGAAGCCCUCUUACAGGAAGCGAGACAGCAACCAGUGGCCCACCAACAAUCUCAGUCUGAACUGUCCUUUCGGCGAUCACAACGGCUGGCAGGGUCCCAUGGCCAGCAGCUCCAGGAGGUGAAAUCUAAAUUAGAGCAGUGCCAAACAGAGCUAAAGUCUACCUCGGAAGAGCUGCAGAAGUAUCAGAAAAUGUUAGAACCACCACCUUCAGCAAAGCCUUGUACCAUUGAUGUGGACAAGAAGUUAGAGGAAGGCCAGAAGAAUAUAAGGCUGCUGCGGACAGAGCUUCAGAAACUUGGUGAGUCUUUGCAGUCAGCAGAAAGAGCCUGUUGCCAUAGCACUGGAGCUGAAAAACUUCGACAAGCCUUGACUACCUGUGAUGACAUCUUAAUCAAACAGGACCAGACCCUAGCUGAGCUGCAGAAUAACAUGAUGCUUGUGAAACUAGACCUUCGGAAGAAGGCAGCUUGCAUCGCUGAGCAGUAUCACACGGUGACAAAACUCCAAGGCCAGGCCUCCUCUACCAAAAAGCGCCUUGGUGCCAACCAGGAAAACCAGCAACUGAACCAUCAACCCCCAGAAAAGAAACCAUUCCUUCGAAACUUACUUCCUCGAACACCCACCUCCCAAAGCUCAACAGACUGCAGCCCUUAUGCGCGGAUUCUGCGCUCACGGCGGCGCUCUCCUUUACUCAAAUCUGGGCUUUUUGGCAAAAAGUACUGA